CAAAAUUAGCGCUCUCCCAACCGAAGUCCUCGGCAAGGUGAUGAAUUAUGCUGGUAAUGACUCCAGGGAUGCUGUUAUCACUUGCUUGUUGGUUAAUCAACUGUGGCGAGAUACUUCCCUGCCAAUACUUUAUCGCGACUUGGUAUUGUCCUGUGGCCAGUCGCUAGAUCGCUUCAUAGCAUGCAACAAUCAGCAAGCUCUCACCCUAACACAGUCUUUUACACUGUACCUCAACCAUGACGAUCAGUCAGAUCGACUGGACAAAGCCAAAUGGGACAAAGCGGAAUUACUAAUCCCGCAAUUGGCAAAUGUUAUCCCGUCUAUGGCUAAUCUCAAGUCAUUCUCCCUUAUACGACAUCAUCGAACUAUGAGAAACCCUCCCAAGCCCUGGUCAGAAGCUCAACUCUACAAGACUACGAGAUCAACCAUUUCGUCCUUACUCAAAAGCCUCCCUGAAAGUUGCAUUAGUCUGGAACUUGCGGUGGGAGACAUAAAUGGUAGCAACCCCGACCCAGACCCCACGCAUCUGUGCGAGGAUCUGCGACGCCUGUUGCCGCGUUUGCAGCACGUUCACAUCAAUUUGGACCCUGUAUGCGAUGCAAUGCUAGGCACGUGGGACAAAGACAAGGUCUUCCAUCCCAUCAGCCUACCGCACCUACAGAGUCUCCACUUGGUGUGCAUUGAAAAUAAUGAGUGGGCAGAUUUGCAUCAGCCUCGGCCUUUAUCAACCUGGCACUCGUUGGUCCAUGGGUUACAGCAGGUAGACACGCUACCGGAGACAUCAUCCCCCGCCAAGAUUACAGUUUUGGGAGUCUCGCCAUCAGGUGGCGAGUCUGACAAGUCCAUAUAUCGGACUUUCCUGCGCUGCAACGUAGGAAAACAGGCCCGUGACACCAAUACAUGGGCAUUCCCAGUGACAUGGCUGGCGGGCCUCAGUCACACUCCGGCUCACUAUAUCCGGAUGAGAAAUGGGGAGGCAUUUGUAGUCCUGGAUAAAAGAGACUAUAUCGGUAUAGCUGGGGGGCGGCCAUGGAGAACGCUAACUAUAGGCGCAAGAUUACCUACAGCUUGGACUUGCGGCAAAGCAUUGAUGCCAGACCAUGGCAUAUUCGAAUACACAGAGUGGUCCAAAACGUACCCCAAAAAGCAGCCUAUGCUAAUACGUAAUGAAAGGUUAGCUGGACAGUGUCUUAUUAGUGCUGAGGAACGCGAGGGCUAUCAGAACACAGCAAGUUUGGUGGAACAAACACCGGAAGGCUUUGUUCGGUAUGGCGGACCUGUGUCGCGGAAUUGGCAGCUGUACAGAGAAGAUGAGGAAGGCCCAGAAGACUGGAACCCUGAUGCACCAAACGGACCAGUGGGCUAA